AUGUGUGGUAUUUUGUGUAAAAUAUGUUAUUCAAUGGACAGUAACUCAAAGGAUAAAAAAGUUCUAGAGAGAAUUAAAAACAGAGGCCCUGAUAGUAUACAAGAAUGUGAAAUUGAAACGAAUGGAGUAAAAGUAGAAUUCUGUGGAACAGUUUUGUGGAUGCAGGGCCCCCAGCCAACAAUACAGCCCAUCAAAAAUGACAGAGGUAUUCUUUUGUACAAUGGUGAUAUUUUUGAUGAGAAAUGGGACCCUCGUAGAAGUGAUACAGAUCAGAUAUGUGAAAAGUUUUAUCAAGUUUCGGAAAACUCUGUUGAUCAUAUUGUAGAGGAAAUACAGCGUUUGAAAGGACCAUUUAGCAUUGUAUAUUUUAACAAUUUAACAAAUGAUUUGAUAUUUACCAGAGACAGAAUUGGGAGAAAUUCAUUGUUAAUGCACAAAAAUGAUAAAAAUAUUUUGAUCAGCAGUGUUUUAGAUAGAAAAUAUGAAUGUAUAGAAAUACCAGCUACUCAUAUUUUUUGUCUUAAUCUAAUCACAAAAAAAUUAAAACUGUAUCAAUGGGAUAAUUAUAUUGAAUAUCAAGAAGUAAAAUUGGAUGACUGGAUGGAAUCUGUUAAAUUAGUACAAGGUUUACCUGAUGAAGAAUUUUCAUUUGAUCCAUGUAUAAAUUGGGAUAUGGAUAAAGAAGAUGAGCCAAUAAAAUAUAUAGAAAUGGUAUCUUUGGAAACAAAAGACAAAUGUAGUAUAAUUGAAAAACUGUUAGACAAUUCAGUUAUAAGAGAAACAGUUGUGCAAAUAAUUGAAAAACUAGACAGCAGUGUUAAAAUCCGACUGAAAAGACAGCCAAGUUUAUGUAAAAUGUGUUUAUCAAAGAAAACUAUUUGCGAUCACUCGUCGGUUGGUGUUCUUUUUUCUGGAGGACUAGAUUGUACCAUCUUAGCAUAUCUGAUCGAUAAAUAUGUACCGAAGGCGCAAAGCAUAGAUCUUAUGAAUGUUGCAUUUAAAAAAGAUGACUCUUCCUCUUAUGAAGUGCCUGAUAGGAUAACUGGCAAGCAGUCUUUAGAAGAACUAAAGCGCCUUUGUCCUAAUAGGAAAUGGGUGUUCAAGGAAAUCAAUGUUCCUAAAGAUGAAUUGAAUACAUAUCAAGAAACAGCUAUUGCUGAUUUGGUAUACCCUAGACAAACCAUCUUAGAUGAAAGUCUUGGAUCAGCAUUAUGGUUUGCUUCAAAAGCUCAAGAUUUACAAUCUGUGUCUCCUUGCAGGAUCCUGUUUUUGGGUUCAGGUGCAGAUGAAUUAUUUGGUGGUUACACUAGACAUAGAAAUGCUUUUAAACGCAAUGGCUGGACUGGCCUCAGUAAAGAAUUACAGCUGGAUUGGAUGAGGAUAUCAUUCCGAAACUUAGCCCGAGAUAAUAGAGUUAUCUGUGAUCACGGACGACAACCGAGAAUGCCAUAUUUAGAUGAAGACUUUACGGAAUUCAUUUUAAGCUUAAAGCCAUGGUUAAAAUGUUUUCCAAGUGAACACUUGGGGCCAGGUGUUGGUGAUAAGCUUUUUUUGCGAAUGGCAGCAUUCCACUUAGGCCUAAGAGAUGUUGCAUUAUUUCCUAAACGUGCCUUGCAAUUUGGAUCACGGAUAGCAAAUAAAAAAGAAAAAGGAAGUGACGUGUCAAAAACAUUUUUAAAAGUUGAUUAAAAGUUAUUUAAAAACCGUUAUUUAAUUUAAUUAUUCAUAUAUCCCAGUGCAACCAGAAGUUCCACCAGCAUCACCCCCACUAGAGGGAUAUUUGAGAUUAUAUUAUAUAUUUUUUAUAUUAUUACAUUGAUUGACAGUAGUCAAUCAGUUAAUGG